AUUUUUAGCGUACAUCGAUCGAUUCAAGAUAUCGAGAAAUUCGGAAUUUCAGCUAAUUUAACUAAAUUUUAGUAACCUCACAUUUUCACAUGCACACACUCAAAUUUAUGUGUCUAUUCCUGAAUAUGUCAUAUCAAAAAUGUGUCCACCUUGUAUCCGCACCUUGCCAAAAUUCAUAUCCGAACUGAAACUUUAAUUAUUAAUAGCAAUGGAAACAAAUAAGUUAAUUAUGGAAUUCUCCUGAAAAUUUUAAAUGAAGUUGCACAUUGCAAAAUAAUUUUUCUUAUUCAGCAUGAAGCAAAAUUGCAAUUUAGCCUGUUCAAUAUUAGCAUAUUCAAUUAAGCAUAUUCAAUAUUAGCAAUAUUAAUGCGGUGGAACUAUGGUCUAUAACAUUAAUAUUAUUAUGCAUAUCGAAUAAACAUAUUAAGCGUACCAAGCAUGGCAAAUAACAGAAACGAAAUCGCUGGUUCUGACACAAACUGUUCUGAACGAAGAGAUUGCUUCGAUUGCUGCGAUGAUCCAAAUGCAGCGAACGAAGCUUUACCAUCGUCGAAAAGUCACAAGUUCUUCCGCAAGCUAAUAAAGUGUUUAGUACGUUCUACUGAGCGGUUACGACAGAUAAAAGAAGAAAAACUCAAUAUAAGAAGAAAGCAAAAUGUCUGUACGCCGUGUAAAUCUGAAGAAACUGCACAUACUUCAUUUUCAUCGGUUGUAGACGACAUAAUUAAAUUGGAUGCAGAGACUGUCGCUAAGAUCAAGCGAAAAAUGAUCGACGCAAUUACCUCCACACGUCCCCAUGAAGUUUUCGAUAAAGUAACGCAGGAAAAUCUCACAGGAAAGCAUUUUGUUCACGGCGCAUCUUAUCGAUAUGCGGAAUACGCGACGGAGUACGUGGAUGACGCCGUACCGAAGAAGACGCGCGGCUGCGGUCCGCUGUGCAUCGGGUCUCAAAGCGACACCGCGGAUGGGCCUGACGCUUUUGCGAAAGCAUGCGAAAAGAGGCGGCACGCGGAUUCUGUUCUCGAGAAAAUUGCAAAAAUCGCUGCGGCUCUGACGGAGAAAGCACGUCACGAUGCCGAGAAGGAGCAGCAGACGGCUUCGAUUCUCGCGUCCGUGUCGACGAGGGCUGAGGUACCGCCUCUGCAGUUGGAGGAGACAUUUGAGUGCACGAUACCAUUAAUAUCUUCGAUCGUCCACGCGGAAGAAACGCCAACAGUCGCUGCCGCAGCGGUGGCGGCUGCUGCAGCGACUGUAAUGCAGCGAGAGGAUACGGGAGUAACGGCGUCUUCUUCAAGUCAUAUUUUGAUAGGCUUGAAUAAACAACUACCACUACCACUAGACAUUGCUUCGGCUAACCGAAUAACUCCAACGUUAAAAUUAAGGAUGACGCGUUCGGUAUCGGUCAUGUUUCCGGAAAAUAAUCUUCAAGAUACCGCAGCUGCUGCUGCUGUUGUUGCUGAGAAAGAGGAAAGAGAAGAGGAAAAACCACUGAAGAUAAUUUCUCGACCAUCAACCAUUAGACCAUUAGACCAUAUUGCUGCUGAUAUGACAAAUCAACUAACAGAUCAACUAACAGAUCAACUAACAGAUCAACUAACAGAUCAACUAACAGAUCAACUAACAGAUCAACUAACAGACACUCCAACUAUUACUUUGAGACAAGAAGCUACUACCCCAAAAAUUGGUAUCAUUGAUUCCUCUAUCGAAACUUCGCAAUUAUCUGAUAAAAAAUCAAAAUAUCGAGCUAAAUAUCGCAUUCGUGCUGCAAAGAAAUACGAAAACCCGAAAUCCGAGUGUUACGCUUUUCCCACACCAGAAGUGAUAAGAUUUUUUAACAAAUUCGAAGAACCGGUAACGGAAAUGUAUCGAGGUUGUCGAAGUGCUUCGGCGAGAUGUCUACGGCCAACGAAAUGCGAAGAUUUAAUACCGAGCAACGUCUAUCUCGGAAAACAUUGCGACAUUUGGAUCACCCCGUGCUCGCGGAAUGAAGCUCCGCGAAACGCUAUCUCGAGCCACGCUCGUUGCCGUCUCUCGCAAGAUUCAUGCGCGAUCGAAUACCGUACCAGCUGUCAUACGCUGGAUGACAGCCGCGCCAGCUGUCAUACGCUGGUUGACAGCUGCGCCAGUUAUUGUAACAUGGACUGCGCAAAACGUGUAGUAACAUUCGAAAAUUUAUGUAACGAUACGUAUUACAAGAGCGACGCAAAAUAUUGUUACUCGCAUCUAAAUAAUAUUGACAACGCUCGAACGGGAUAUUAUUAUUGGAAUGACAGUUGUCCAGUAUGGAACAACAAUCAACACUGUGGGAGGGAUCGAUUAUAUUACUGAACAAAGGGAAAUUUAUAUUUCGCGCAUCCAUGAACGCCGGAGCAUUUGUAGCGAUAUAAUUGAUAUUGACAAUGGCAACGUAUGAUAUUUAACUUUGCUGAAUAAUUCGGAAUCAAUCGUAUCGGAGAUAUAGAAUUAACGCGCCGCUUUUUAUUGCUUAAUGUAUAAUUUUUUAUGAGAUUUACAAUACAGGUCCGAACGGUGAUUUACUCUACGGGGACCGUGCAAAUUAAAAUGGAUAAAUACGCGACGUAAUCUGUACCGCGGCCUGUGACGUGCGUCAAUCCUAAUUACGUUUCACACUACGUACUAAUUUUAGUUAUUAACCUGUAUGUGCGAAUAGCCGUAAAGUUUUGCAUUCUGUCCAACGCGCAUGCAUAUUAAUAAUUAAAAUUAAUAACGCGCUAAAUAUAGUUGCGAUAUACGCGCGACAGUCGACGCAUUGAUGCCGGAUGACAAGAGAACGUAUCAUAUACAAUAUAUUAAUGCGGACGAGAGUGAUUAUGUAUUUGCAAUGUUUGCACAGCAGUUUAUAUUAACUCAUUAUAUUGUACGACUAGUUUAUUAGAAAUGCAUGUACGAGCUGUUUAUCGUUAUUAGUUUAUGGUUAGUCACUAGUGACGACAAAUUGCUGCGGGAACGCAUUUCGAGAAACGACAAAACCCGAAGAAAAAACGGUUCUGCAUUGCAAGAAAACGCCUGUUAUUGCCUAAAAAAUUGCCAGUCGCAAAAGCACCGAAA